AUGACUUAUCACCACCACGAAGGGUACUACCCUACCGGACCGCCGCCCAGACAGCCCCUGGAGGCGCGUUCGUCUUCGGUCUCGUCAAGCUCCUCAUCCACAUCAUAUUCGGUCCCAUAUGAUGCCGUUACCACCCACAAUGUCGGAAUCUCACGGACUGUGUCGCCCGCAUCUGGCGUUUCCGACUUGGAGGCCGACUCUGUUUUGUACCCGAGGAAUCAGUUCCAGACGACGCUUGCCCACGAGCACAUCCCCACGUCUGGUGUUUCCGGCCCUGCGGCGGGCCCUGUGAUAUACUCGAGGAAUAAUUACCCGACACUUGCCCACGAACACCUGCCGGCAUUCCGAGCUCCUACCACGCCGCUGCCGUCACAACUUCUCCAUGCCCAUGCCACUUCUUCGCACCCAUUCUACUCGUCCUUCCAGGCCCCGAGACAAAUUCUGCCGCUGCCUCCAUACAGCGGCUACUCAGUCGGUACGAUGCAUACACAACCGACAUCUCCACACCAACAACCAACCUCGCUCGACCGUCAUCAACCAUCAUCCCUGUAUCAUCAGCCAUCAUCUCUGCACUAUCAACCAUCGCCCCUGCACUACGAAACCUGGCCUCAGGAGUUCGCUCCCACACCUUGCCAUUCUUUGCCAACCCCGCCCUCGCAUCAAGUGCCGCAACAACAUCAGCCUCGGGCAAAAUCAGUCACGCCAGAUGAACCCGGGCCGUUCCUGAGGUUUCUGCAGCAACUGUCACCCGACGUCAUCCUCGAGAUUCAAAAGCAUGUAACUUGGUUUCACUGCUGGAAAGUUUAUCGGACCAACCGAUGGUUUCGAGAGAACUUCCACCCGGACAGGCUCCCCGACCGCCUGAAAAUCGGUGGCCUGCUGAGCGCGGAGAAGAAUGAGGGGCGUGAGGAUCCUGAGGAGUCGGACAUCCCUCGCACCAGCAAACCGCGCAAGAACUUCAACCUCUUUGGGUGCUACCACUGCUACCGGUUUAGGGGAUUCGAAUACUUUGAGUCUCAGAAAUACGGCAUGCUAGCUUCUCAGGGAGAGGGUGAAGACGAAGGAGUGAAAAGAGAGCAGUCGUAUACGCCGCCGCCGUCGAAGAGCUCGAGCCUGUCGCCCCCAGCCAACCCGCAUUACGAUCCCAGCCUGACCCGAAGCAGCCUCCGAGCCUCGGCGGCAGCCAAGGGGCGGCGCGCCAGCACUGUGCCGGCCACCGAGACCUUCUCGACCUCGCACGCGCGUGCCAGGAAGACGUCGGAGGAACGGCGCUUCUGCGUCGACUGCGGCCUCAGGAAAGGGUUCUACAAACCGCGCGAUGUCAUUGACCUGCACAGGCCGCUGAACAAGGGGAAUGCCCUCUGGGUCUGCGACUGCAGAAAGCUGCGUCAUCGCUUAACCGAGGGCAAGUGCUACGACUGUGACGCCACCGUCCCCUAUUCAGUGCCGGUGGCGAGGUGA